UAGGGCGGUGCCAGUACUUUUCCCACUCUGUCAUGCCAACUCACUUUGUUACCUCAUCUCACCAAUGGGGCAAUUUAAGAGUUAAGCUUGGUGGAAGAAGCUGCAGUAGCAUCUAGAGUCUACUUGACGGCUGCAUCUCACUCCACAAGGCUCAUCUAAGCAAGCACCCAAUCAUGGCACAACAAAUGGAAGAGGACCCAUGGCAAAAAGCAUAUGACAUUGCUGUUCAAGUGGCAAAAACAGCUGGCGAGGAAAUUAGGAAAGCUGGCGAGAGUGAAAUACGAGUCAUGACAAAGAGCUCCACCGUCGACCUUGUCACCAAGACUGACGAGAGAGUGGAGAAAAUCAUCAUCGGGUCUCUGAAAAAAGAAUUCCCUUCGCACUGCUUCAUUGGGGAGGAGUCGGUCGCCAAGGGGGAGGCGUGCGUGUUGACUGACAAACCUACAUGGAUCAUAGACCCAGUGGACGGCACCACAAACUUUGUACACGGAUUCCCAUUUGUGGCCGUGUCUAUCGCCUUUGCCGUCAAUAAAGAGCUGGAGUUUGGUGUGGUGUACAGCUGCUUGGAAGACAAGAUGUAUAAAGCCAGGAAGGGGAAAGGAGCUUACUGCAAUGACGAACUACUUCAGGUGUCUGAUGUGAAAGACAUCAACAAGUCCAUUAUCAUUUCUGAGCAUGGAACGGAUAGGUCCCCCGAAAAAGUGACCAAGAUCUUCUCCACCAUGAAAAAGAUCCUUUGCAUCCCAGUGCACGGGCUGCGUGGUUCGGGGACAGCUGCCACCAACAUGUGCCUGGUGGCAUCGGGGGCGGUGGAGGCCUUCUUUGAGAUCGGGAUCCACUGCUGGGACAUUGCCGCCGGAGCGGUUAUAGUCCAAGAAGCUGGAGGAAUACUCCUGGAUGUUGAUGGCGGACCGUUCGAUUUGAUGUCUCGAAGGAUGGUUUCAGCAAACAAUGACAUUAUUGCCAAACGGAUAAUUAAGGAAAUCGAAAUAUUCCCAGCGGUGAGGGACGACGAGCCAGUGCAGAAGCAGUGAAAGCUUGUUUACGCUGGAUUUCCAAGUGCUUUGCAAUAUGAAAAAAGUUAAGUCCUCUGCUACUGUAUAUGUUGCCUGAAUAAAGUUGACUGUGCUACUCUAA